AUGGACAAGAAGCAGGGCUUCUUCUCGGCGCUGCGGGAGGAGGUGGCCCGUGGGCUGUCGCCGGCGCGGGCGCGGCGGAGGGCGCUCGCGCCGCUCAUGGAGGGCCCGGAUCCGGAGGAGGCCGCCGGCGGCGACGGCGCCGGCCGCGCGCGCAGGGACGGGUGGGGGCGCUGGGUGCGCGGCCAGCUCGCGCGCGCGCCGUCGUCCGGGCCGGUGGCCUCCGCCGGCGGCGCCAGCGCGGCGAGGCGGAAUGACCUGAGGAUGCUGCUCGGGGUCAUGGGCGCGGCGCUCGCGCCCGUGCAUGUCUGCGCGGCCGAGCCGCUCCCGCACCUCAGCAUCAAGGACACCCCCAUUGAGACUUCGUCGGCGCAGUACAUUCUGCAGCAGUAUCUGGCUGCCUCCGGCGGGCAGAAGCUCCUCUCUUCAGUCCGCAACUCGUAUGCCAUGGGGAAGGUGCGCAUGGUGGCUACCGAGUGCGAGACAGCUGGUCGUGUCGUGAGGAACCGCAUGGCGGCGCGCUGUGCUGAGCCUGGACGGUUCGUGCUGUGGCAGAUGGCUCCGGAGAUGUGGUACAUUGAGCUGGCUGUUGGUGGGAGCAAGGUGCACGCCGGAUGCAACGGCAAGCUCGUCUGGCGCCACACCCCAUGGCUUGGUGCACAUUCUGCCAAGGGACCUGUCCGCCCUCUCCGCCGCUCGCUUCAGGGCCUGGAUCCUUUGACCACAGCGAGCAUGUUUGCUGGUGCACGCUGCAUUGGAGAGAGGAAGGUGAAUGGGGACGAUUGCUUCAUUCUGAAGCUGUGUGCUGAUCCUGAGACGCUAAGAGCACGCAGCGAGGGGCUCGCGGAGAUCAUCCGGCAUGUCCUCUUUGGGUACUUCAGCCAGAAGAGCGGGCUUCUUGUCCACCUCGAAGAUUCUCAUCUCACUCGAAUUCAGUCCACAACCGGAGGUGAUGCGGUUUACUGGGAGACUACCAUCAAUUCAUUCAUCGAGGACUACCGGCCGGUGGAGGGGAUAAUGAUUGCUCAUUCUGGGCGCUCGGCCGUGACCCUUUUCCGUUUCGGAGAGGUGGCCAUGAGCCACACCAAGACUCGCAUGGAGGAGGCAUGGAGCAUCGAGGAGGUCGCGUUCAAUGUUCCCGGUCUCUCCAUGGACUGCUUCAUCCCACCCACUGAUAUCAAGUCUGGGUCCAUCAGUGAGACUGUUGAGCUUCCGCAGAGUGGGAAGAGCAAGGCCGGCGGUCUUCUCCCAUGCCAUGGUGCCAAGGUUGCUGCUCUAGAGAAGGCCGAUGAUAAUGUUGGUAGAAAGAGAAGGGCUAAAGGAGGAUUUGGAUCUUUGAAAUUCCAAAUGCCCCCUGUAAAUAGGGAAGGUUAA